CCCUGAGUUUAAGAAAAGUAGUACACAACAAUGAUAAUAAUUUGAGGAAAAUAUAUUAUUUCAACAUUUACUGUUGAAUAUAAUACAACAAAAAUGUCGAAACCUUUAGUAUUACGAUGUCAAUAUGGCGGUGGUCAGCGAAAAGUCCUGAACAAUCUAACAGUUUCCUCAAAACUUUCAGAACUUCGACAAGCUAUCUUUUUACUUACAGAUGUUGCUCCACAUAGACAGAAAGUUAUGAGUGGUUUUCCACCGAAAGAAAUAAACAUAUGCAGUCAAGAUGACACUAUUGGUGACAUUUCGAUACGCUCGGGAGAUACGUUGAUUAUUGAGGAGAAUAAAUCUGAACCAAAAGAAGCACCAGCCAAUGAAAAGUCAUCUAAACUUGUGCGAAAAGUGGUUCCUGCUGAUAACUCCUGUUUGUUUGCAAGUUUAAGUUUAGUCAUGCUAAGUGAUACAUCAUUUGCAAAUGAACUACGGCAGCUAGCUGCUACUUGCAUAGCACAAGAUCCUGUCGCAUAUAAUGAAGCAUUUCUUGGAAAAACAAAUUCUGAAUAUUGUCAGUGGCUUUCACAACCAGAUCACUGGGGAGGUGCCAUAGAACUUAACGUUUUUGCGAAACAUUACCAGAUGGAAAUAGAUGUAGCAGAUAUCCAAUCAGGAAGAAUUGAUAGGUUUGGUGAAGACGAACACUACGACAACCGCGUGUUCCUGCUUUAUGAUGGUAUACAUUAUGAUGCACUUGCAUUGGAAGAAAAUGAUGUAAUAACACAAACUGUGUUUCCUACCACUGAUAUGAAUAGACAAAUUGAAGCAUUAGCUAUAGCUGAGGAUUGUAAAAAGCAACGCCAAUACACAGAUCUUGCAGGAUUUUCACUUCGUUGUCUAGUUUGCAACACUCCGCUAAAAGGACAAACACAAGCGCAACAGCAUGCAAAAGAAACAGGACAUAUGAAUUUUGGCGAAGUGUAAAAUUUUGUGCUUUUUGGUUUAUUAACAAGAUGUGAAUACAUUUUUUAUUAUAUCUGUUGAUAAAAUAAAAUAUUUUAUUACUGUGAUAUGUACUUUUUAAUAAAGUUUUGCGAGUUUUGAAAGUUAGGUUAUUGUAGAUGUGAAAGUAUUAGUUUUAUAAAUUAUGUACUUACCAAGAGUGGUUGUAAUACACUCUAAUAUAUUUUAAAAAUUUAAAUAUUUAAAAAUAGUUGAAGUGUGCUUUAAUUAUCACAAAAUCUAAGUAAAAAUAUUUUUUAUUGGCGAAUCUGCUAAUAUUAAUUAACUAUUAAUUCUAAAAUUUAGUCUUUCAAGGUAUACCUAUAUUCCUUGUGUGUUGCUGUUUAACAAUACUUCAUACAAACUGAAUCUAGAAGUAGAAAUACUUGAUUUGAAAUUCUUACAAAAGAAAAGGUAUAAGCAGUACCGAUAUACAUUUUAAUUUUUUUUUAUGCUGCAAACAUCUUGUGGCAAGAGUUUAGAAAUCUUUUUGAAAAAAGAACUGUAAUAAUAUUUAGAAAAAUAUAUUUACUGUGUAGAAAUAUCUGAGUAACUGCUGACCAUGCAAUUUACUCAGUCACACAAAGUGGAAUAGAUGUCCUGAAAAAAGUUCA